AUGGACGAAGGCGAUAUCCCCCAAGAAGUCCCAGCCUCUGAAGACUACGCUAAGGAUCCCGAAAACGUGCUCCGAGGGCACAAGGCAACCAUCUCCAACCCACAAACGUCGGAUGAGGCCAAGUCAAAAGCGCGCAAGGUGCUUGAGUCGUACGACGAGCCGUACGACGAGUCGACGGCCAGCCACGGCGCCGACACGAAGGAGAAGGAUCCGGGAAAUGUCGCGCGCGGGCUCAAGGCCGCAAUUAGUAACCCCGGUGUGUCGGAGAGUGCGAAGAGGGAAGCUAAGAAGAAGUUGGAUGCUAUAAGCUUCGAAGUUCCUAUCGUCAACAUGUCUAAAGUAGCCCACGCCUACACAGACGAUAAGCCUGGUGCGGACCUCCCGCGCGAAGCUCCAACCGGUCAGAUCAAUGACCCCUCCUACAAGACAAAAGGCAAGGCAGGGACGGAAUCAGUGCCCGUCAUUGAUGAUGACGAGCCGAUCGAAGACCCCAUGCGUCCGGGUGAAGCGGACUCGGAUAAGCAGCUUGAGAAGGAUGAGCGUGAGGCGAUUGACACAUCGAAUAUCUUAAAGGAAAGGACCCGGCAUGCGAAGCCCAUGGGGACAUAUAAGGAGCCGACGGAUGAGCAAAUGGGAUUGACGGAGGGGAGUUAA